UUUUUUGUUUUUACUGUUUUCUUAUGGGGAUUUUGAAAGUAAGAGGCAGAGGAAGCAAACGGUCUGACGGCUAGUGGGAAAGGAUCAAACGAAACAGGAUUUCAACACCAGUGAAGCUUUUGAGCCUUUGCAGGCAUCUGGUCGUUUGAAUGCCCUGGUUGAACAGUUCUCGUCUGUUUUCAAGGAUUCGGGGAAAGAAACUUGAGCGAACGUUUUCGUCCCAUCCGUGCUUUGGACUCCACUGAGAUGAGGUGACAAACAAACCUAAGAGACUGAAUUCGUCAUCUGAAAGACGCCUUUAAGUAUCAAAGAACCUUUAAAAAGAAAAGAAAAAAGAAAGAAUUGUGGGGGGGAAAGCUAGAAAAGGGGACGCUGUUAGCUGCUGAUUGUUUUCACUCAGGGAUACACAACGCUAAAUUAUUUUUUAAGUAACUUGUUUUAUUUAUUACUGGUGGACACACUUUUUAAAAACAACAACACGAAAACAAACUCGGACUCAUGGCUUUCUCUCAGGUGCAAUGUCUGGAUGACAGCCAUGUCAACUGGAGGUCCAGCGAAUCUAAGCCAGAGUUUUUCUACAGCGAAGAACAGAGGUUGGCACUAGAAGCUCUGGUCUCAAAAGGUCCGGAUGCUUUUUAUGAAGUUCUCAAGAAAGAGAACAUCCGGGACUUCCUGUCCGAGCUGGAGCUCAAAAGGAUCUUGGAUACGCUGGAAACGUACGACCCCGGUUCGGAAUUCAUCCCCCGUGGAGACACGCAGGUGGACUUCAACGCCCAGAAUGGAGAACAAGGCCCGGCCCCUUCGUCAGAUUACUGGCCGGAGAGAUCCGACCGCUCCAUCCCGCAACUAGACUUAGGGUGGCCCGAAACCAUCGCUUACCGCGGAGUGACCCGGGCAACUGUCUACAUGCAACCCCCCAUCGAUUAUCAACCCCACAUCAAGGAGGUCGUCCGCAAGAUGAUCUUCCAGGCUCAAAAGGUGGUCGGCGUGGUUAUGGAUAUGUUCACCGAUGUGGACAUCUUCAAGGAUCUGCUGGACGCGGGCUUCAAGCGGAAGGUGGCCAUCUACAUCAUUUUGGACGAGACCAACCUGAAAUAUUUCCUCCAGAUGUGUGAGCGCACGCAAAUGCACGCAGGCCACCUAAAGAACCUCAGAGUCCGCACAAUGGGAGGGACGGAGUUUUUCACCCGCUCGGCGACGAGAUUCAAGGGCGCUUUAGCUCAGAAGUUCAUGUUUGUGGACGGCGACAAAGCUAUGAGUGGGUCGUACAGCUUCACCUGGUCAGCGGCAAGAACCGACAGGAAUGUCAUUUCGGUUCUCUCGGGUCAAGUGGUGGAGACCUUCGACAAGCAGUUCCAGGAGCUGUACCUCCUGUCGCGGGGAGUCAGCCUGAAAUCCAUCCCCAUGGAUGAGGAGCCAGAACCAGAACCGAUGAUCCUGCCGUCAAUCAUGCCCGUGAGCACAGCCAACGCCGUGGUGAAGAAAAUCGUCAACCCCAAGUACGCCCUGGUCAAGGCAAAAAGCGCCGACCAGAUCAGCAACAGCGAGCCAAGCAGCGUCAAGAACGUCACAGAGCAGCAAAAGGUGGACGUCAAGAGCAAGGCCAUUCCGGAAGGCCGGGUGUCCGAGCGCCCCAGCGACCUCCUUGACAUGACCCCUCCGAUCCACCCGGGUCUCCAGAACCUGGAGAAAGCCAACAUGUUUGAUUACUUGCCGACGUGGGUCGAGCCCGACCCGGAACCCGGGAGCGAGAUUUUGGGCUACAUCAACAUUAUCGACCCCAAGAUUAAAAACAUCCAGCUGUCCCAAAUGAACCGCAUCAAGGUGUGCGACGUCUCCCAAGCCAGUGCCCAACACAGGCUGAUGCUCAAACAGAAAUCCCAGGAGGCUAAAAAGGGUCAUCACGGCAAGCCGGCCGCCCCAACUUCUCCCCACCAGCCGGACGCCGCCUCUGCCCCAGGGCCGACCCAGCAGGCCCCUGCUCCCAACGCCGCUGCGGCCAGCCCCACGGAGAAGACGCACGGGGAAACGGCCGACGGAGAAACCUUUGCCACUUUGGCCAACAACCAGCACUUGAAGCAACUGCUGGACCCCCAAACUCAUGACCAAACCGACGCCAAGGGCACGACUCCCCCAGUGCCCAAACCGAGGACUGUCCACGUGACGGACUUGAUCGCCACGAAAACCACACAGGCCCAGGAAGGAGCUUCCCCGGCAGAGGAUGCCCAAACGCAGCAGUCGGGAACCAGCGGCACAAGCGCCCGGCACAACGAAGGAACCGGGCAGGUUCCGGAUACGGGCCGCCCCUGCAAGCUGAGCAGGCAGGUGGCUGUGUGCCAGGAAGCGGUGAACGGGCUGCCGGUGGCCGAGGCUGAAGAGGCCGAGGAAGAGGACUACAUCACCCUGAGUGACCACGGGAGUUUGUCUGGCGGCUCUGGUGGCCACAGCCGCCGCUACUCCGAUGCCUCCUCCGUCUCGGACGAGUACUUCGAGGUGAGAGACCGUUCGGGGCCUUUGCGCAGGACCAAUUCCGACUUCCUCCCCAACGGUGGAGGGGCGCACAGCCCUCAGCACCGGCCGCCCUUGCAAAGGAAACUGAGCGAGCCUCACAUGAGCCGGGGCACCUUCGUGAGCCCUCUGGGCAGUCCUCAGGCCCUGCUAAGCCCGGGUCUGGAAGAGGCCAGCCAGAGGAGGAGGCACAGCGACAGCAUGGAGGAGAGUAGGUGCGUUUUGGGAAGGGGCCGGAACCGGCACGUCUUACCCGACGGCCACAUUACCUGUCUGAGCAAUGCUCCACAGGGCCCACAACUGUUCUGCUAUGGAACCAGGGUGCAAGUGUCCACCGGAAGAGGAAAAGGCAGCACCCGACAGGGGAAAGCUCCGGAAGACGGCAAACACCAGCGGGAUGGAUUCAGGGCAAAACGUUUCUCCCCAGGCCCAGCCAGCCAGCCCUACUGGCAGAGCAAAGCCUUCAGCUCCAGCAAGAACUCGCAGCCCAGUCGCUUCUCCCAAGGCGGAGAUUCACCAAGAGCAACCUGCAACGCGCUGUCCCCAUUCCAAGAAAGCCAGAGGGCCCAGGAAGAGCUAAGGACACCGUUGGGCAUCCCUUUGUCCAAACUGUCACAAUCCAAACACCUAAAGAGCAAGGCGGGCCAGUGGUCGGAUUCCAAAAGAAGGCACCAAACCGCCGUCGCCCGCAAGGAUCAAUAAGACCGUGGGAGACGUCCUUCAGGGACAUUUGGGUGUUUGAGAGAGACACCACCCCCACCACCCCGCGGUCCAGAGACCCAAGGAAGGGGCACCUGCGGUCGUGCUUUAGCCCAGGAGGGAAGAGGGGAUAGUUGCGUUUACAUUUACCUGGUCUGUGCACCAGUACCACAUGGCCAAAACCGAGAGCCCAAACGUCAUGCCGGUCCAGGGAAGGUCUCCAGAGACUGGA